GGGGCGGCGCGAGGCGCGGGCAGCGCGGGGGACGCGGGCGGGAGGCGGCGGCGGCGGCGGCGGGGUCGGCGAUGGCUUUCGAGGCGCUGGCGGAGGCGGCGGAGCGGUGGUGCGCCCGCACGCCCUUCCAGCUCAUCGCCGCCGAGGAGACGGAGCGGCGCAUGGACUUCUACGCCGAGCCCGGCGUCUCCUUCUACGUGCUCUGCCCGGAGGCCGCCUGCGGCGACAAUUUCCAUGUGUGGAGCGAAAGUGAGGACUGCCUACCUUUUCUGCAGCUCGCACAGGACUACAUCUCCUCCUGUGGGAAAAAGACACUCCAUGAAAUACUGGAAAAAGUCUUCAAAUCCUUCAGACCCUUACUUGGGCUUCCAGAUGUUGAUGAUGAUGCAUUUGAAGAAUAUAACGCAGAUGUGGAAGAAGAGGAACCAGAAGCCGAUCACCAACAGAUGGGUGUCAGUCAGCAGUGAUUUUCUGAGAAGCUAUAAAAAAAUUCGGAAGCCUUUGGUUCCAGGUGGGGUCAGGUGGUCCCAUGUUAGCCUGUUUGAAUUAGCACGUCACAAGGGGAUAUCUGGCUGCCAAGAUAAAAGUUUUACAAAAAACGGUUCAAAAAAAAUUAAUAAUAAUCUGUGAUGAGCUUUGCUAAGAAGUGACCUGAAUUUUGCUCCUGCUUCAGUGGGUUUUCUAUGGAGUUGUCUUGGUAGCAUUCUGCUGUUAUCAGUCUAGAAGUAGUUUCGUCGCUGACUUGUCUCUUCAAUUUGUGUUCAAGAGUAGUGUUUGCUGACAUGAAUGUAGAGUACUGAGAAUGUAGGAGGUGUGUGGGAAGAGUGCCCAGUCCUCACCAGUGACCUUUCCAAGGAAACCAGUGCAGAGAGCAAACACAUCCUGCGCUUCUCUUUUUAGUUCAACAGCUAUAGGUUUUGACAAAGUACCAAACGUGGAGAGACUUCUCCUGAAAAACAGUAGUUUAGUAGUGGAUGGUGCUGCAGAAGUGCAUAUCAAGACUUAACAAAAAUAAUGGGAAGUAGGAAAUCCAGGGGGUGUCAGACAUAUUGGUGUCAUUUCACUGACACCUGAGUUUCCAAGUGCUGAAUUGAUAACUGGGAGUAACUGGCACCAGCAGCACACAUUGUAGCCAGCCCUGGUACUCCAACACCAUGUGAUCCAAAGGCAAGUGCUGCUUUCUUACAAAUCAAGUAAAAAAUAGCCAUCACCUAUCCCACUUCUGCAUGACAACUAACUUCAAGCUUUGCUGGUUUUGAUACACUGCCAAAUUAUUACUCAAACCUUGUGGCAUCGUGCAUUAGGACCAUAGAAUCGUAUAGUAUGCUAAGUUGGAAGACACCCAUCAGAAUCCUCAAGUCCAACUCCUGGCCCUGUGCAGGACACCCCAAGAGUCACACUGAGUGUGCCUGAGAGCACUGUCCAAAUGCGUCUUGAGCUCUGUCAGGCUUGUGCUGGGACCACUGCCCUGGGGAGCCUAUUCUGGUGCCCAGCCACCCUCUGGAUGAGGAACCCUUUCCUGAUAUCCAACCUAAACCUCUCCUGACUCAGCUUCAGGCCAUUCUCAGGUUCUGGCACUGGUAAUGAGAAUGAAGAGAUCUGUAGCUGCCUCUCUUCUUCCCCUCCUGAGGAUGCUGAAGACCACAAUGAGGUCUCCCCUCAGUCUCCUCCAGGCUGAAACAAACCAAGUGACCUCAGCUACUCUUCACCAGGCUUCCCUUCCAGACCCUUCACCAUCCUUGUUGCCCUCCUCUGGACACCCUCUAAUAGUUUCAUGUCUUCUUUACAUUGUGGCUCCCAAACCUGCCCCCAGCACUUGAGAUGAGGCUGCCCCAGUGCAGAGCAGAGCGGGACAAUCCCCUCCCUUGACUGACUGGUGAUGCUGUCCCUGAUCCACCCCAGAUUGGCCCUCCUGGCUGCUGGGGCACUGCUGACUCACAUUCAACUUGCCAUCAACCAGAAGCCCCAGAUCCCUUUCCACAGGGCUGCUCUCCAGCCUCUCAUUCCCUGGUCUUUACACACAACCAGGGCUGCCCUGUCCCAGGUGCAGAAUCCAGCACUUGCCCCUGUUAAACUCCAUAGGGUUGGUGAUUGCCCAUCUCUCUAAUUUGUUGAAGUCUCUGCAGGGCCUCUCUGCCCUUGAGAGAGUUGACAGCUUCUCCCAAUUUAGUGUCGUCAGCAAACUUACGUAGUAUUCCUUCUAGUCCUGUGUCCUGGUUGUUAAUGAGAUGUUGAAGAGCACAGGGCCAAGGAUGGAGCCCUGUGGAACCCCUCUGGUGACAGGUCGCCAGUCUGAUGUCACCCUAAUCACUGUAAGCCUUUGUGCCAAGCCUGUGAACCAGUUGCUCACCCAUCCCAUGACAUGUUUACCCAGCUGUGUGCUGGACAUUUUAGUCAGAAGGAUACUUUUGAUACAGUAUCAAAAGCUUUACUGAACUCGAAAUAUAUUACAUCAACUUACUUCCCUUGAUCAACUAGAUGGAAUACUUUGUCAUAAAAGGAAAUCAGGUUUGACAAGCAGGGCUUUCCCUUCAUGAAGCUAUGCUGGCUGUGACCAGUGACUGCAUUGUACUCCAGGUGUUUUUAUAAAUCUUCCAGAAUAAUAUUUUCUGUGAUUUUACUGGGCACUGAAGUGAGACUGACAGGCCUGUAGUUUCCAGGAUCUUCCUUGACUGCAACUUGAAUGCAACUUAACACUGAAGCCAUAAGGGUAUCAACCAGCACCUGGCUCUUAAAAUUAUGCUGGAUCUCUUCUUGGGCCUUUGAGCUAGUCUGGGCAUUUACACCUUAUUGGAGGGGAGCUGAAAUACUGCUUCAGCUGACGUAAAAUCUAGUGAGGUUUUAUUUGUAAGGGGACUUGCUCUGCAAGGGGUUUGGCGAGGGUCUUAGUAUGAAGGAGAAGACCCCUCAUAUUUUUAGCCUGUUUUAUGUAGUUCCAAGUAACUUGGAUGAGUGCCAGACUGUGAAGAUGCAGGGUCUCUUUCUUUACUUGCCUUUUGUACCGAAAAUAUAAAAAGCAAAGGUAAUUCUGUUGUAAUACAGCUGUUUUCCACAAUCAAGAAAGAUAUUUCUAAAUUUCUUCCUUUUUUUCCAAUUUUUUAAAAAUUGUGAAAUGAAGGUCACACGCUUCAAAAGCCCUUUUAUACAGAAUUAGCUUUAUAAAAACAAAGAGUGAGUGAAGAGAAAGCGCUUGGACAACUCCUAUAAACAACUCGCAUCGUUUUGAAAACCCUGUUGUUAACAAUACUCUCUUUUCAAUAGAUUUUUUAGAGACUUUUUCCAGAGUUACUAAAGAGAGCAUGUUUUCUUGAUGGUUUACAUUUAUGAUGAUGGUUUGAGAGAUGCAUAGCACAUGAUUUUUUCUAUCGGCAGCAAAGAUCUUCCAUAACUGGGAUGAUGUGUGUUACCUGAGUCUGCACAGAAGUGUCUGCAACACUGUAAAAGAGUUUAAAAAUAUAAAAAGUGGAAGAAAAACAGUGCUUAAUGCAACUUUGUACAUUCUUUCAGCAUGCAGGCGUAGACAUGGUAGUUGCAGCACCUUUUCUAUGGACUAGUGACGUGAGAACUGUGGCAGUUCACUGUAUAACACUGUACAGCAGCAAUAGGCUUUUUGCUUACUGAAAUAAAGUGUAAGACCAGUGGUUUCCAUCCCUGCUUUAAGCCCCUAAGUUUUUCUUUCCUCUCCAGCUAGGACAGAUGCUGUAACCUUAAACAGAGCCUUCCUUUGGGAGAACCUUUCUCUUCAUAGCAUCCAGUCCUUGUGCUGUGGCUCACAGAAGUAGAUGUUAUGGGGCUGGCUUUUCUCUGCUCUCAUGUAAUGCAAGCAAGCAAUUUACAGUAGUGCAGGCUGGAGGCAAAGUCUUGCUGUUCAGGUUUGCUGGGCACUUGCACUCAUCUGUUUGAGGGGCAGGUGCAGGCACCCCUCACACAUCUGCACAUUGAGCUGGGCUGUGCGCCUGGGCUGAUGGGACACAACCCUCUGCCUUCUGCAGACAGGCAGGCCUCCAGCUGGAAUGGUCCCACCAUCUGGCUCGGCGUGUGGCUGCACAGACAGUGCUGGCACAGCAGAAGGGAGGCUGCAGGGUGGACAUGGGUGGGAGUUGAGGACCUGCUGCUAAAUGUGCCUUGCAUGGUGUCAGGGGCCUGUGGUGGAGGUUUUAGACUGGCCUAAGUGCUGUGAGGUAUUGACUCCACAAGGCUCAGUGGGAGCUGGGCGCUGGUGGCAGAGGGAUAUACAGGAAUUCAUGAAAUGAGGAAAGACUAAGAUGUCGUGCUUGUAAUUGCAUGCAGGAGGUUACAAUGUGUACUGCACUCUGCUACCUUUCCCUGCAUAUUGAUUGAAUUGUUAAUGACCGGUUGAGCAUUAAUACAGUUGCAAGCAAACAAUGCUGUAAAUCAUGUAGAUAUAUUAUUAUUAUUAUUAUUAUUAUUUUCUGUAUUCACUAACUCACUUUUUCUUUGGAAUUCAUAUGCCAUUUGAGUGACUUCCACACAGACUGCAAGUGCUGCCCUUCUGCAGUGCUCUCCUCUGCAAAACUCCCACUGAAGCCAGUGAAAUUUUGUUCAGACAGGACCUGCAGGACCAUGGGAUGUGUGAGGCUUGGUCCUGCAGAAAGCUGAGUGCUCUCAUUUCCUCCCACUUUGCUAGGAGCUGAAUGUGUUGAGCCCUGCUGCUGAACUGAAGCAUGACCAGACAGCACUGAGAAUAAACUGGAAUUUUAUACAUAGAAAAUUUAAUUUACAUGUAAUAAAUGUGAAUGAGAAUGUA